CGGAAUGGGACUCCCCAGAAAAUAUGCACAACUAUCGGAAUUUUCGUAAAUGGAUAUUUCACAAAUUUGGAGAGGAGCAGUCACGUAGACCUACAUCGGUGUAUUUACAGCGGCUUCAGAAACAACUACCUCCAGAUGUUCAAUUCCCCUGCAAUGUUACUGGUGGAAGGUCUCCAAAAGUACCAGAUUCAGUUCAUCGUUUAAGACCUGGUGAUAUCGAUGUGAUUGCUGCGAUGGGCGAUUCUGUAACAGCUGGUGCUGCUAUUUUUGCAUCCAAUAUAAUGCAGAUACUUGUCGAGAAUAGGGGAGUUGCUGCGAGUAUCGGUGGACAGGGAAAUUGGCGAACGUUUUUAACACUUCCUAAUAUUCUAAAGGCAUGUUUGUUUUUAUUUUUUCGAAUAUUACGUCAGUGUG